AUGUCGCGCCCGCUUUCUCUCUUCAGCGUCCAGGCGAUCCUGGUCCUCGCCAUCGACGACGGCUCCCGCAUCCUCACCAAGUACUACUCGAACCCGCACCCGCCAGCCGGCCACCAGAAUGACUACCCCGGCCAGAUCGCGUACAAGACGGUGAAGGACCAGAAGGCGUUUGAGAAGGGACUGCUGGAGAAGACGGCCAAGCAGACGACGGACAUUAUAUUAUAUGACGGCAAGGUCAUUGUCUUCAAGAUGGAGUCGGACGUCAUGCUCUACGUGGUUGGAAGCGCGGACGAGAACGAAGUCUUGCUAUACAGCGUCGUUCUCGCGUUAAGAGACUCUCUCAACAUCCUCCUGAAGAACUCGGUCGACAAGCGCACCGUGAUCGAGAACUAUGACCUCGUGUCCCUCGCCGUAGACGAGCUAGUGGACGACGGCAUCAUUCUCGAAACCGACCCCGUCAUCGUUGCCUCGCGUGUCAGCAAGCCCCCGGCGCAAGACAUGACCUCGAUGAAGAACAUCGACCUCUCGGAACAGGGUUUCUUGAACGCUUGGGAGUUUGGUAAGCGACAGCUGGCUGAGAGGAUACGGCAAGGCCUUUAG